AUGGAGAGCGGCUCCGAGGACGAAUCUGGCCAGGGGGAAAAGGGCAAUGUGGAGACCAGCUCGGACGAGGACGACGAUGAUGACUUGGAGGCCAUUUUGAAACGCGAGGAGGAGGAGAUCCAGCACGACUGGGGCGAGCUGUGCAAGGACGCGCCGCGGAGCGAGGAGGUAACCCAAAGGCUUGCCGUGUGUAACAUGGAUUGGGACCGGAUGAAAGCCAAGGACCUGCUGGCUCUGUUUAACUCCUUCAAGCCUAAAGGAGGGGUUGUGCUCUCUGUGAAGGCAAGGCUCCAUUAA